AAUACCUGUAUGAAUCUGUGAUAUGAGCCCAACUUUUUAUGAGGGUUCUCUUUUUGCGAGGAUCCUAAAAAUAACUAUUUUGUGCAUAAUAACUAAUUUUACAAGAUUUCCAGGUGUCAAAAUAAGGCCGAAAGCUAUUUCGUCCUUGUUGGUGCAUUUUAAACAGGAUACUAUUUUGGUAAAGCAGAAGAUGGAGAAAAUAGAAGAUGUGACAGUUGGCCCGUGUCCCACGUCUAAAUACCUCAAACCUCUGAGGAUGCACUAUAAGCAGAAUGGAAAGCCAAAAAUUUGGGAUUUGUUGAAGGUUCAUGACAGUGUUGUUAUUGUAGUAUUCAACUCGACAAGAAAUGUCUUGGUGUUUGUUAAACAGUUUCGACCAGUGAUAUACGUGGCUAGUGCUGAAACAUUCUCAGAAAAUGGUGUUGAUAAAAUUGAUACAACCAAGUACCCAUCAUCUCUAGGAAUGACCAUUGAACUGUGUGCCGGAAUCAUUGACAAAGACCACACCCCUCAGAUGAUUGCACAAGACGAGUUACUGGAAGAAUGUGGCUACAAAGUUCCACUUGAUAAGAUAGAAAAAGUUACCUCCUACAGGUCUGGGGUUGGCACAGCUGGUGCUCUGCAGACCUUGUUCUAUGUUGAAGUCACCGAUGCCAUGAGAGUGAGCAGUGGGGGCGGCGUGGCUGAGGAGGGUGAAAUGAUCGAUGUGGUUGAAAUACCUGUGUCCGAGGGCCGCAGUUUAAUCAUGAACGAGAGUGUAGUGAAACCCAUUCAUCUCAUGUUCGCACUGAUGUGGUUCUACGAAAACAAGUGGAAACAAUAGCACACUAGGGACAAACCUGAAUAUGAAGUGUCUUUUAUUCUGUUUUUAUCACAGUGUAGUUUUGGCACAUUUGACUGAAAACAGAGUUUGUCUUUUUUAACAACAUAAAAAGAGAAUAUUGAUUUACAAUCAUCGGCUGUUGGAUAUCUAACAUUUGGUAAUUCUGACAUAUAGUCUUAGAGAGGAUUCAUGCUACAUUACCUGUCCUCACAAGUGCACCACAC